AGUAUAAAAAAUCCCGAACAAUCGAAUCAGUUCCAAUACGGUGCGUUCCAAAAUAUGUUCGGAAUGUUCCAAUGAAGUUUGCAAGUCCUUAACCUUAAAUUGCGAAGUCAGGAUGUGGACAAAACUCGUCCUGAUUUUAACGUUAUUCGGCACGAUUUUGUGCAAGUACGAGCCCGAGACUAUCGACGUCGAAUACGGCAAACCCUACUCGUACAGCGUGAACCAAACUCACGGUUACAUCUUGGAGUUUUCCGGCGAAAAGAAAAACGCCCCGUACAGAGUAACAAUAUCUACCAACAAUGGGGACAAUGACACGUAUCCCUUGAUGAUUGUGGCCAGGACGUUCACUGAACAAUUGUCCUGGACAUUACCCUUAAGAGUCGAGACUUCAACCAGCACUAGAUACUUCCCUUUGACCUCCAGGAUUAUUUGCAAGAAUCCUCAUCCUGUUUUACUCAAGUCAGGUGAGCAAGAAAAUGAGAACCCCAUUGUGUCUGUUUCCACCUCAUCACAAGUUCCUGUUGAUUUUACUGUUGAGGUGGAUUAUGUUGAGGAUUUCUACAUCAAACCGUCAGUCCAGUACAAUACAACAGUGUCUCCGAGUGAGCCAAGGUAUUUUUACUACAAUUUUUCAAGUAAUGCCUCAUUAAAUGACUUGGAUUCCAACUACGAAACUGUCAUUUUGGAGGUGAAUUCUGAGGAUAACAUUUGUAUGACUGUUAGCAUACAAAAUGCAAAAUGCCCAGUUUUGGAUUUAAAUGAAGACAUUACAUACAGAGGAUUUUACAUGACUGUCAGCAAAAAGGGAGGCAUCACUAUACCUAAAAACAAGUUUAAGGACGGAUUCUUUGUGGUUUUCGUCGCCAAAGGCGACGACAAGGAUUGCACCAACGAAGCAAUUUUGGACUGGCGUGGUUCACGUAAUAAAACCGUUUGGUUCACAGUCGAACCCAGUAUUACUUACACAGACUAUCAGAAUGCUGUUCUAAUUACUUUGGGGGCUAUAAUCGGCUUUUACUUUGUGUUCUUGUGUGGCUACAUCAUCUGCUGGAAGAAGACGCAUGUGCCUCGUCUCAUGCAGUAUGUAACCCCCAGCUCAUCGACGGUGAACACUCCCACAGUCAGCGGGAUUGUAGAAGAGCAGGCUCGGGUGCCGCAGGUGGAUGUAGACCUGGCCAACCCCAUGGCGGACACCGUGUCUCUAGACGAGGCCGAGUACGACAACUUGAUAGACGCAGACAGUCGCGAAGUUAGGUUAUGUAAACGCAUCCUGUGCCUCGAUGAUUUGGCCAGGAAGGACCCAAGGAUACACAAACAAAAAUCUUAUUUGUACCUGUACAAUGUGCUCACGAUGGCUCUGUUUUACGGGCUACCCGCCAUACAACUCGUUAUAAUUUAUCAGAAGGUCCUCAACAGAACUGGGGAGCAGGACUUGUGCUACUACAACUUCUUGUGUGCCCAUCCUCUGGGUUCAAUAAGUGAUUUUAAUCACGUCUUCUCCAACGUGGGAUACGUGUUGCUGGGUGUGCUGUUCCUGGGCAUCGUUUACAACAGAGAGAGGACGCACAAGGACCUAGAUUUUGAAAGGUCAUACGGCAUUCCCCAACAUUAUGGGAUGUUUUACGCCAUGGGUGUGGCCUUAAUUAUGGAGGGCGUGUUGAGUGGUAGCUACCAUGUAUGCCCCAAUAAAAGCAAUUUCCAAUUCGAUUCCAGUUUUAUGUACGUGAUGACGGUGCUUUGUAUGGUAAAACUGUAUCAAAACAGACACCCGGACAUAAACGCCAACGCCUACUCGACGUUUGGGGUUUUGGCUGUUGCUAUUUUAUUAGGAAUGAUUGGAAUUUUGGAAAACAACACGUUCUUCUUCAUUUUCUUCACCAUCCUGCACAUACUCAUAUGUUUGUAUUUGACUGCCCAAAUCUACUACAUGGGUUGUUGGAAAUGUGAUCGAGGAGUUUUCGUAAGAAUCUACAGGACUGUGGUCAACGAUUUUCGGUCCGGGCCACUCAACGUAUUGAAACCCGCCUACACAGGUCGUUUCUUCCUGUUACUGGCGGGCAACAUCUGCAAUUGGUUGCUGGCCUACUUCGCCCUGGCCAAUGGUAAGCGGUCCUUCCCUCUGUACCUGUUGGGCGUGUUCAUGGCCAACACUUUGCUGUACUUCUUCUUUUACAUAAUCAUGAAGUACAUCAACAAGGAAAGGGUGAACCUGCGAUCCUGGGUCUUCCUGAUCCUGUCCUGGCUGUGCGCCGCCUCGGCCAUGUACUUCUUCCUGCACAAGGGCAUAUCCUGGAGCACGACACCGGCGGAGUCCAGAUUGUACAACAAGGACUGCACCCUCUUCAGAUUCUACGAUUACCAUGACAUCUGGCACUUCCUGAGCGCCAUCGGCAUGUUCUUCACCUUCAUGGUACUGCUGACGAUGGACGACGAUCUGUCGCACGUGCACAGGUCGGCGAUUGCCGUGUUUUAAUGUGGGUUGUGACUGUGAUCAACGAAACGGACAAGCUGCCGAUCUUUGGUUCAUGUCUUCCUAGUCAUUUGUACAAGGCGGCUGCUCUUAACUUAUUAUUUUUUGAAUUUGUUUUGAGAUAUUCGUGAGACAUAGUAUUGUGAAGGUCUGGAAUAAUUAUUGUGUCGAUACUAGAAUGUUGUGGCCUUGCCUGUAUAUAUUUAGAUGAUAAGAGCUUCUUGUUUGCUUACUAGAAUAAUCUCUGUUUUAUUAUAUAUUAUAUUUCUUGAUACUGAUUUGUUCCAAUUGGGUAAAAUAAUUCUUUUAUAAUUAUAAUUAUACAUAUUAAAAGUACUGUGAUAAUUAUUAAAUAAAAAUAUUAAAAUUAAAUAA